ACUGGUGAGUCCCUGCUUUAUUACUCAACCCUGCGAUUUUACAGAUUUACAGACUUUUUAGAGACGUAUUUAACUGUUUUUUUUUCUAAAGUAGAAGCUUUUUAACCGAGAGAAGUCGACAGGAGCAGCAGUACUCUGCCACCUCAAUAUUUCAACUUUUAACCGCCAAACUGAAGGCCCACUUCGUUUCAACUAUGCCUCCUCCCCUCCGUCAUCGCUCCAUGCGCAUCUUUGUGAACGAUGAUCGCCAUGUUAUGGCCAAACACUCUGCCAUCUAUCCUACUCAAGAAGAGCUUGAGGCUGUACAGAAUAUGGUCUCCCACACUGAGCGUGCCCUCAAAGCUGUUUCCGAUUGGCUGGAUGAGCAGGAGCGUGGCACUGCAAAGACACAGACAGACACUGAUGUGGAUGGCGAGAAGGAGAGUGAACCUAAGACAGCCGAGCAGGCCACGCGCUCCCUGCGUGGGGUGAUGAGGGUGGGCCUGGUGGCUAAAGGCCUGCUGCUAAAGGGCGAUUUGGGCCUGGAACUGGUUCUGCUUUGCAAGGACAAGCCAACAACCACGCUGCUAAGGAAAGUGGCAGAGAAUCUCGGUGUGCAGCUCAAGCUCAUUACUGAAGAUAAGUACGAGGUCACCCCUUCUAUCCGUGAAGCUUCCAUUGUGAUCAAGAACGCCAAGCAGCCUCCCCUCUCUCUCACCAUCCAUCUCACCUCACCCGUUGUCAGAGAGGAGGCGGAGAAACGGGCUGCUGGAGAAACGCUAUCAGUCAACGAUCCCCCGGAUGUACUGGACAGGCAGAAAUGCCUGGCUGCCUUGGCGUCUCUUCGCCACGCCAAGUGGUUCCAGGCCAGGGCCAAUGGGCUGCGUUCCUGUGUGAUCGUCAUCCGGAUUCUUAGGGACCUUUGUGCACGUGUUCCUACCUGGGCCCCACUUAGAGGAUGGCCUUUGGAGCUUUUGUGUGAGAAAGCUAUUGGUACAGGGAACCGACCAAUGGGAGCAGGCGAGGCUCUCCGGAGAGUUCUUGAGUGUUUAGCUUCUGGAAUCCUGAUGGCAGGUAACUAUGGUUCCGGUAUCUCGGACCCCUGUGAGAAAGAUCCUACUGAUGCCAUCGGGCAUAUGGACUACCAGCAGCGGGAAGACAUUACACAGAGUGCUCAGCAUGCUUUAAGGCUUUCUGCAUUUGGGCAGCUUCACAAAGUGCUCGGCAUGGAUCCUUUGCCUUCAAAGAUGCCCCGGAAACCAAAGAGUGAGACCCCCAUCGACUACACAGUCCAGAUUCCACCUAGCACAACUUAUGCUCCGCCCAUGAAGCGGCCCAUUGAAGAAGAGGAUGGAAGCGAUGAUAAGAGUCCCAACAAGAAGAAGAAGAAACUGCAGAAGAAAUCUGGAGAGGAAAAGUCAGAGCCUCCUCAGGCUAUGAAUGCUCUGAUGCGACUGAACCAGCUUAAGCCUGGACUCCAGUAUAAACUCAUCUCUCAGACUGGUCCUGUACAUGUGCCUGUCUUCACCAUGUCUGUGGAGGUCGAUGGGAAGAACUUUGAAGCUUCAGGCCCCUCUAAACGCACUGCCAAACUACACGUAGCUGUUAAGGUCCUGCAGGACAUGGGUCUCCCCACAGGGGUGGAGCAGAAGGUUGCUGAACCAGCAAAGACUGAUGAAGUGGCUGCAAAUGCAGAGGAGGACAUCAAACACACAGAUACACUGACUGAAGCUGCUGUCCCAUCUGCUCUGACUAACUCUGAGCCUGCUGAAAAUACUGAGACUGCCCGCCAGCAAGGCCCGAUUCUGACCAAACAGGGCAAGAACCCUGUGAUGGAGCUGAAUGAGAAACGCAGAGGCCUCAAGUAUGAGCUGAUCUCUGAGACCGGCGGCAGCCAUGACAAACGCUUUGUGAUGGAGGUGGAGAUAGAUGGACAGAAGUUCCAGGGAACAGGCUCUAAUAAGAAGGUGGCGAAGGCUUAUGCAGCUCUGGCUGCCUUAGAGAAACUGUUUCCAGAAGGAUCUGUCUUGGAUGCAGCCAAGAAAAAGAAAACUAUGAAUGCUCCUGGUUUUGGAAUGAUGGGCGGACCACCUGAUGACCAAUCGGGCAUUCCCAGAGGCCGUGGGAGGGGCCGGGGGCGGGGCAGGGGCAGAGGUUUUAAUAACAGUGGAGGAUACAAUCAAGGUGGUUAUGGAAGUUAUGGAUAUGGAAACAAUGCUAACUCUGGCUACAAUUACUAUAAUAACGGAGGAGCCAAUGGAGGAUCAACGCCUCAGGCUCCUGGAACCACAGGUCCGGUGUCCAACACCCAGUCUGCUGGACCACCCGGAACGGGUGGCUUUACCUCGUAUUACCAGGGUGAUGGAGGCUACUCUUCUCAAACAACGGCGACCAAAUCCCCGGGUAAGAAGCCCCCCAUGCACCAGGGCACCAAGCCUCCAGGAACAGGCGGAGCUCCAGGAUCCUACCCGACAACCCCAACCCAAGGGCAAGGCGGCUCCUACAACCAGUACAACCAGGGCUACGGACAGGGCAAGAAGAACUUUAACCAGGCUCAGGGUGGAGCUGCAGCAGGAGGAGGAGGUGGAGGAGGAUAUGGCAACUACAGCACGGCCUACCCGUCCCAGGUUACUGGCGGAACAGGCAGUCAGGACUACAGCUAUGAAGGUUACAGCAACCAAUCAAAUUACAACACACAAGGAGCCAAUCAGAACUACAGUUCCAACCCCAACCAGUACCACAACCCCGGCACUGGCUACGGCCGCGGGGAUUCCAGCAUGAACUACCAGUACAGAUAGACUGAACCAACCCCACUCCAAUGUGCUCCUGCUGCAUCACCAUUCUCCACUCAUUCGUCUCCUCUGAAGUAGCAGCUGCUCCCGUGCUCAACUCUCCUCACCAACAGCUUUAGUUCUUCUCACCCAGGAGCACAAACCCAAAAACUGGACUAGAAUAAAAAAGGAAAAGAGAAAAAAAACAAACAAAAAAAAAGAACCAGAAGUGUUCUGAGUCUGUUCUGUGCUGAAUGAUCUGUUCUGUGAUCUGUUCUACGUGUGUGUAUGUGUGCGUGUGCUUGUGUGUAUAUGCGCGUUAAGUGUGCGUGUGUGUGUGCUUUGUUGUUUUUCUUACACUUCUUCUCCACAACUACUGCCCUAAAGAGAGAGAGAACCACCCAAAGUCACAUGCAUGUUUAGGACCUGAUGUUCAUGACUGACGGAGAUUCAUUUUCUGUUCUCCACUUGCUCUUUAUUCGCUCAAGUGUUUUUUAAUUUUUAGUUCCUUUAUUAUUUAAAAAUCCCUCUUGUAACAUUAUUUUAAAUUACUGUUUCUUUGCUGGUCAUUGUAGGGAUUUUUGUUGGUUAUGCUGCAGUGCUUUUAUUUUGGCAAGUUCUCUUGGAUGUAAAUGUAAAAGAUGUGAAGCUUCAAUUCAGGUCUCUGUAGCAUUCGAUGUGUUUUGGGAUGGAACUUUUAUUUUACAGAACAAUGUUCAAGAAUGUAUGUGGUUUGUAUGAAUAAAGGACUUUUUGUUUUGGAGGAAA